CUCCUUCAACAACAACAGCUAGUCAGACACCUCCGUAGCUUUCUAGCAAACACAGCCACAACAUUCACGCUCUUUACACUGUUUUCUGUGUAUAUUAGUCGCUGUGUAUUAAACACACUUCUGUCGUAUGUACUUGUUGGCCCAUUUAAUUAUAUAUUUACGUUGUUUGUCAGCUAGCUGGUUUGCUAAAUUAGCUUAGAACUAGGCUAGUCGCUAAUGCUAACUAGCUAACAUCUCCGACCAUGAGUUCACUAAGCUACUCUCCUCCUGCUAAAGAAGAUGAGAUCUGCUGGACGGAAAAAGAAGCUCUCGUCAAAGAGGAGGAGGCAGAGGAGACUGUUACAGUGAAAGAAGAAGAGAAAGACGUUUCAGUGAAAGAAGAGGAAGACUCGUUCAGAGUGAAAGAGGAGGAGGAAGAGAAAGAGGAGGAUGCGUUUUUUGGACUGAAAGAGGAGGAGGGGGAGAUGACUGUCACAUCCAAAAAGGAGGAGGAAGAAGAGGAGGAAACUGGAUAUCGGGGCUGGGUUUCCCAAACUCAUCUUAAGGCAUCCAAUGGUUCUAACGAUGAACUUAGCCGUAAGAUGGUUUUGAGAAACCGGGCCGUGAUUAACACUAGAGAGAGGGGGGACAGUCGUGGAUCCUCUGGGGAGCCUCAACAACCUCAUGAUGCUGAGGAGGCAGAGAAGAGUCUCUCCAGAUCAGAACACCUCAAGAAACACCUGCAAAGAUCCAAAGGGAAGAGAACUCACUGCUGCUCUGACUGUGGGAAGACAUUCACCUCAUCAGGCAUUACAAUUCAUCAGAGAAUCCACACAGGAGAGAAACCUUAUAGCUGUGAUCAAUGUGGGAAGAGUUUUGUUCAAUCUGGCAAUCUGACAUCACACAAGAGAACACACACAAGAGAGAAACCGUAUAGCUGUUGUCAAUGUGGGAAGAGUUUUACUGAGUCUGGAUGUCUGACUAAACACAAGAGAACACACACAGGAGAGAAACCUUAUAGCUGUGAUCAAUGUGGGAAGAGUUUUGGUCAAUCUGGCCAUCUGACAGUACACCAGAGAAUACACACAGGAGAGAAAUCCUAUAGCUGUGAUCAAUGUUGGAAGAGUUUUAUUACAUCUAACAUUCUGACUCAACACAAGAGAACACACACAGGAGAGAAACCUUAUAGCUGUGAUCAAUGUGGGAAGAGUUUUAUGGCAUCUAACAUUCUGACUCGACACAAGAGAACACACACAGGAGAGAAAUCUUAUAGCUGUGAUCAAUGUGGGAAGAGUUUUGGUCUAUCUGGAGAACUGACAGUGCACCAGAGAAUACACACAGGAGUAAAACCCUUUAGCUGUGGUCAGUGUGGCAAGAGUUUUGCUGCAUCUAGCAAUCUGACAGUGCACCAGAGAACACACACAGGAGAGAAACCCUUUAGCUGUGGUCAAUGUGGGAAGAGUUUUGCUGCAUCUAGCAAUCUGACAGUGCACCAGAGAACACACACAGGAGAGAAAUCUUAUGGCUGUGAUCAAUGUGGGAAGAGUUUUGUUCAAUCUUACCAUCUGACAUUACACCAGAGAACACACACAGGAGAGAAACCUUAUAGCUGUGGUCAAUGUGGGAAGAGUUUUGCUGCAUCUAGCAUUCUGUCUCGACACCAAAGAACACACACAGGAGAGAAACCCAAUAGCUGUACUCAAUGUGGGAAGAGUUUUACUCAGCUAAGCAACCUGAUAUCACACCAGAGAACACACACAGGAGAGAAACCUUAUAGCUGUGAUCAAUGUGGGAAGAGAUACUCUGAUAAAAGAUCUCUGAUCAAACAUCAGAAAAUACAUGAAGGAGUUGUUUCAUGAUAUCAAUGAAAUAAUGUCACAAUGUAGAAUGUUUUAACAUUGUAGUAGGAGUAUUUUAAUGAUGUCAUAGUGUAGAACCCUAAACGUUUGCCCCCUGUUCUAUUGAUUUUAACAUGAAAUGGAUAUUAGCCUCAGGGGGAAAAUCCAGGCUCUGAAUUGGAAGAGUACUAUUUAUGAGAUUUAACAAAAAGUGACUAACAAGAAAAGAGUUGUGUUACACUUACCACGUUGGUGACCCACUUCAAUCAAAAUGCAACACUUCAAAAUGUAGCGAGCUGUUUUCUACAAAUUGUCCUCUAACCAGGGAUGUACACAUUAUUCCCAGGUUCUGUGUGGUUUUUGAGCUGUUAGUUUUAAACAGGACGUACAACCUCAUCUCCCUCUCGGCACAAUUUAUUUCAACAUGAUAUCGAUGAGUGAUGACAAAUAAGUGUUGCGUUCCUUUGUUUAGCGACCCCUAAAUUUAAAUGCAUCUCUCCAAAAUGUAGCUGACUGUCUUCUGCAGGUUGUCCUCUAACCAGUGAGGUAAAAUAUAUCUCCCAUUUCCAUGUGUUUUGUUUAGUUGUUAGUUUCAACAGCACCUACAACCGGAUUUCCCACCUAAUCGAUUUCAGUGAUUUUUUGCUACUUGUCAAAACAACAGCGUUUCUGGUGCUUGUGCAGUUUAUAAGGUGCUUGUUUAAGUAAUAUGAUUAUUGUGGCAGAUGUUUGUGUAUAUAGUACAUUUUACGUUUAGGUUUUCAAUUUAUCACAAACUGUUUCUGCAUUUGGACUAUUGAUUUGGACACUUUAAAACUGUGAUAUUGGGGAUAUCCCACCUAGCAACAUGUCACUGAAAAUAAGAUUAUGACCCGACGUACAAUAUAAGUUUGGUUUUAGUUGAAAAUAUUUAUUUUAAAUUUCAACAUACUUGCAGCCUAUACACAUGGACGCAGUAUAAUAAAUCUGUCUAUAAUCAAUUUUAUUAAUUAACAAUCCUAAUAAAUUGAGUCAUAAAUGUAGGAUAUAUUUUUUGUCUUAAGGGGGAAGGUGUUACAGUCUUUGGUUUUUCCAUUUAUGUUUGGACGUUAGCAAGUAUAGCUCGUUAGCAAGUAUAGCUCGUUAGCAAGUAUAGCUCGUUAGCAAGUAUAGCUCGUUAGCAAGUAUAGCUCGUUAGCAAGUAUAGCUUGUUAGCAAUAAGGACGCACUGAUUGGUGUCACCUCGUUAGUCAGUAUGUGUUACACCUGUGCUGGCUUGUCCAUCUCGUUAGUGGGAAGGUGUUUCACCUGAGCUGGUCCAGGUUCUAUUUAAGAGUGUCUGGCCCAGUGCUCCAGUUGUCUUGAUAGAUGUGGAGAGUCAACACCUUUAGUUGCUCCACCUUUGUUUUGGUGUGGGUUUUUCUUUUGUUUGCCUCUUGGGCAGAUUUAGUGGGUCUCAUGGUGGGUGUCUUUUAGGUCCUAGUUGUUGUUACUAGUCAACUUUCAUUGGACACCCCCAUAGUGUCUUUCAGAACCCCUCCUAAAAAACAAGCUAAUAUUUUGGGUUGGAUAUUUUAACAUUUUAAUCAAUGGCAUUUCCUUAGGAUGCUCAUUAGUCUUUAAGUUGUUAUUGUUUUUUUAUCCUCUUAUGUUUGUGUACUAAAUAUUUCUGUUUAUUUUCAUUGUUUUUUCCUGUGAAGCCAUUGUGUUGCAUGUCUGAAAUGUGCUGUAUAAAUAAAGCUUGAUUUG